ACGACAACUUGCAACAACACAACACCAAGCUACGAACUUGCAACAUGCGCAACUUUUAUCAGCGGCACAUUAUCAGGCGUGCGUUAUGUAACCGAGGUGUGCUGCGCCGCCGUCCCUCUCGCACUCGCAGCGAGGCUCGCCCAGAGAGAGCGGGACGUGCGAUGUUGCAUUAAAUUCGAUCUUAUUCUGUAAUGUUUUGUCCAAUCGCAGCCGAUCUUUGCAUGUUCCGGUUCUUUGUCAUCAAUGGAUCGCCGGCCGAGUCUAUUUCGAGUGCCACUCGAAAAGCUUUUACUCUAUAUUUGGGCUAUCUCGAGUUCCGCAAAUAACUUAAAUAGACGUCCACGGAUAUGAUCGUUCUGUGCGUCGACAAAUUUCGGUCGAACGAGUAGUAUUUGACGAGAACGCUCAUAAGCCCUUUCGGCAUUAAUGGGUGGUGCCCACUUCAGCUGACUGCGUCGUACGCAAGGCUACUCCGACGAGACUAGUAGUAGUGCGGCGUGCGAGGCGAGCGGUCGGCCCUCGGAUCGCGCGAGUGAUAUGCGGAUAUGCUAUUCAGGCUUAAAAUGUCUGUGGAACGUUCGCCGUAGGCGUGUUAUAGUCCGUAUCGCGUAAUUUUCGUGGCAGUAUCGCGAGUUGAGUGCGUGUCGAGUCGCGCGGCGCUGUGGCGGCCGCGGCGGUCCACCGGAGCGAGCCGAGGCUCAAUAAUGCUCAAAUUUCUGACUCACAAGCUGCGAACACAUUCUUUGAAUGAGGAGAACGUUUCCGAGAAGGUGGAGGAGCGCGACUCCGGCACCGAAUCGGACGACGAGGCGGAGCGCGCCGAGUGCGCCGACACCGGCGACUUGUGCUCCGACGUGGUGAUGAAGUGGAGUGAUGUCACCGACCUCAGCCUAGGCGACGGUGUCGCAGCGGCGGUGCGGGCGUGCGGCGCGCCGGAUCCCGACCAGCUCUACGACCACCACUCCUCGGAGGAGGAGCUCGAGGUAAUAAACGGCGGACCGAGCGGCACUGGCGCCGGCGCCGGCGUGGCGGAGGGCGGGGGCGCGACUCGGCCCGAGGGGCGCCGGCGCGGGGCCUCCUCGCCGGCGGGCGCGGCGCCUGAAAAGCGGCGCUGGGCGGCGCAGCCCUACCUGGACGCGGACGACCCGGCCGCCAGGGCACCUUCCUCCGACGAUGACGAUACAAAGGUGGAGACUCCGGUGCGCUUCCGCACCUCGCCCCCGCUGGAGGCGCUGAAGCCGCGGCGGGCGGGGGGUGCGGGGGGUGCGGGGGGUGCGGGGGGCGGCGAGGGCUGCGCGUCGCCCCGCCGGCGCCGCGUGGCGCUGCCCCCGCCCCGCAGACAUCGCCCCGCGCUGGACUUUGACAAGAUGCAGCAGCUGAAGGUGGGCGGCGGCGUGCGGUCGUGGCGCGCUGUGGGCGCGGCGCACGGCGAGCUCUCCGUCUUCUGCUGGUGAUGGCCGCCGCACGCGCA